CCUCUCCGGAACACGAGGUGCAACCACGGUCCCCCCCGGUCCCCCCGGCGGUGGUGCGAGCUGAGCCUGCUGCAGAGCUGAGCCCCGCGCUGCGCCGGCGACCGCUGCAGGUUGUGCAGCUGUGUCCGAGACGCCCCGCGCGCCCGUGGACUCUGGCCAGUCCCCAGGCCGGGGACGCACGAGGCCCGAUCUGUCCAACCUCUGGGACGAUCCCCGCCCUCCUGCGCGGGCGGUUCGCCUCCAGGAGGCUCCGGAAGGGAAGGAGGCGUGUCCGGAGCGGGCGGGCGAGCAGGAGCUGUAUAAAAAGCCCUGGCGGCGCAGCAGCCCGGGCUUCACUUGCUGUCUGUCACUGGGACCGGGAGUGCUGCGGGAAAGCAAACGGCCGAGGACAGGGCUCUGCGCUCGGGCUACCCAAUGCUGGGACUAUCUGCAGCCGCUGCUCGUGCAAUAUGCUGGAGCUCCAGAACAGCUAAACGGAGUCGCCACACCGCUGCCUGGGCUGGAUCGCAGCGCUGCCUUUCCUUAUGAAGAAGACACAAACUUGGAUUAUCACUUGCAUUUAUCUUCAACUGCUCCUGUUUAAUCCUCUCGUCAAAACUAAGGAGAUCUGCGGGAAUCCUGUGACUGAUAAUGUAAAAGACAUCACGAAAUUGGUGGCAAAUCUUCCAAAUGACUAUAUGAUAGCCCUCAACUAUGUCACCGGGAUGGAUGUUUUGCCUAGUCAUUGUUGGUUACGAAAUAUGGUAGUCCAAUUGUCACUCAGCUUGACUGACCUUCUGGACAAGUUUUCAAAUAUUUCUGAAGGCUUGAGUAAUUACUCCAUCAUAGACAAGCUUGUGAAAAUAGUGGAUGACCUCGUGGAAUGUAUGGAAGAAAACGCACCCAAGAAUGUAAAAGAAUCACCGAAAGAAGCCAGGCUCUUUACUCCUGAAGAAUUCUUUAGUAUUUUCAAUAGAUCCAUUGAUGCCUUCAAGGACUUUAUGGUGGCAUCCGACAAUAAUGAUUGUGUGCUUUCAUCAACAUUAGGUCCUGAGAAAGAUUCCAGAGUCAGUGUCACAAAACCAUUUAUGUUACCCCCUGUUGCAGCCAGCUCCCUUAGGAAUGACAGCAGUAGCAGUAAUAGGAAAGCUGCAAAGACCCCUGAAGACCCGGGCCUCCAAUGGACAGCCAUGGCAUUGCCGGCUCUCAUUUCUCUUGUAAUUGGCUUUGCUUUUGGAGCCUUAUACUGGAAGAAGAAACAGUCAAGUCUUACGAGGGCAGUUGAAAAUAUACAGAUUAAUGAAGAAGAUAACGAGAUAAGUAUGUUGCAACAAAAGGAGAGAGAGUUUCAAGAGGUGUAAUUGUGGAUGUAUCAACAUUGUUACCUUCGCACAGUGGCUGGUGACAGUUCAUGUUUGCUUCAUAAAUGAAGCAGCUUUAAACACAUGCCUAUUCUGUCUCAAGUGACAGCCCUCAUCUGUGUCUGUUCUUGCUACCCGUGACUUUGUACGGAUGAUUCCGAAGUUGGAGCUGAGCGUUUAGCAGUGAAACUGGCACUGAAUUUAUCAUCUACAAAGAAGAAUUUACGUGGAGCAGGACUCUGGAGGUUUUGCAAGUGAUGAUGGGGAAGAGAACACGUGUCUAGUCCACUUGCGCCAUUUGCAAGGCUUGAGAAAUGUCUAAGUGCUGAAAAAACCCACACAGCUUUGUUCUUCAGUUACAACCUGCCGUCUGUAAUUAAUUCUGGUCUCUGCAAGUAGAUCUCAGCCUGGAUAGUGGGGGCGGGGGGAAUUUUUUUUUUCACAAAGGGAUGUAGAAAACAGUUUUAAAAACAAUAACUCCACAGCAUCAGCCACUGUUUGGAGUUGAAAGCCAUGGGGAGUAUUUUUUUUUUUUUUGGACAGGUGUAUCUGCUCAGUAGUUGUGAUUCGCAAGAGGAGCCUAAGCUUCUUCGGCUCUUCCUGAGGUAAACCAUGUGCACCAUAUCCCGCCAGGAAAAUGGACAUGGUUGACUGGUUCUAUCCACGCAGCAGAGCCAGUGCUGAACUGAAGUAUGAUGCCAUGGUAUACGGAAGACUCUCUAGUACGGUCAUCACAGCAGAAAACUGUAGACCUGGACCAGCAGAAGAGCAUGCCAAGGAAGACAUUUGGCCCCUAGUGAAGCCGGUCUUUCCCCUUGACCACCACUCUAGAGUGUGUAAAUCAUGUUUGCAAAAAUAUAAUGUGACAUGUUUAUGUUUGGAAACUACUACAGAGAGAUGAAAACAGACUUGGGAGAAAAUGCUGAAUGUGUAAUAAGUCCCAUUGUUUAAAAGAAGUUACUCAUGGGAGAGAAUAAAUGAUGGUAUGUCGUACCUACGGUUAGAAAUGUACACUUUAUGCUAAUAUGGGUGUUGCAAACUAAGUAACUGGGUUUGUACAAGAAUGCCAGGACUCAGAAAACAUUAUUUACAGUGUAACCAUUAUCUCUUUAAAGUAUCCAUUUAUUUAAAAUCAGACACUAUAUUCAUUAAGGUUUAUGAAACGAAAUAAAAAGAGAGCUUUAUGUAGUUAUGCAUGUCAGUUUGCUAUUUAAAAUGUGUGACAGCAUUUCUCAUAUUAGACAGAAAUGGGCAGUAAUUCCACAAUGAACAUUGUGCUUUUAAAAACCAGAACUUGCAAGAUAUAUUGUGGAUUCCCCUGGUCCUUUUUUUUUUUUUCUUAAAUAGUGAGAACAAUUGACUAAAAUCAAAGAAUGACUUUUCUUUUGCUUUUAUUUUGGUGAAGGUUCUUUUCACCUACUCUAGACGUAUACAAAAUUUAAAGCUUUUUAUUCUUAAUCCUUGUAAUAAUUUUAUGUGCCCUGUACCAAAACCUUGAGACAACCAUUUUCAAUGUAAUUAUGCAAAACUGCAUGGAGACCUAACUGCUAGCUUCUAUUCUGUCUUGAAAGUGCAUGAAAAAGCCUAGCUUACAUUCAGAGCUAGUCCAAAUACAACUCCAGUACGUGGCUGCUGCUCCUCUUUAUGCCAAAGAGAUCGUUUCUAUAGUUCCUUAUCUACAGCUCCGAGGGUCCUCCAAUGCUGUCAUUCCCACAAGAUGAAGCCAAGUGCAUUGAGACACUACACUUACUUGUUCAAGCCCUCACCUAUCCCAGGCUGCAGCUGAGAAAUCAGGUUAGUUCCUGAAAGGGCCUAUUUUGUUGUUUGGCAUUUAGUUUGCUUUGAGAAGAAUAAUAGAUGUAGGUUAGCGCAAAUCAUAGGUGUAGGUAGGUGUAAAUAGACUGAGGCUGCUAUUUCUCAGUUUUGUGGCUUGAUUUAUUUACCUGGCAGUUUCAUUUUGCUCAGGCUUAGGACAAUGUUGUUCACUGAGCUUGAGAGUACAAUAAAUACACGUCGGUUCUCACAGCUAGCAGUUGGAUUUUAACGCUCAAAAACAUGGUUUUAAUCAAUAGUGCGGAGUAAACAAAUUUAACAGGUUAUAAAAUCUGAUAUGGUAUCGGGUGGAAGAUGUGUCCUGCCUAUUAAAUAUGUUGGUUCAUUGAGAGUUACAUGGACUGUCAAUUUUUUUAACAUACUAAGGUUCAAUAAAAUGCAUGAACGAUAGGAAAAUGCUGAACAUUAUUUUGAAUACUAGCUGCUCGGACAUUAACUAUGGCCUAUGGCGUACCUGCUUUCAGAUAAAAAUACAUAUCUUUGCAUAUUUUAUUCCAUGUGUGUUCUGAAUAUUUUUCUUAAAUUAUGAAAACCUUACAGCUGAGAAGAUAAUGUGCAAAAUUGCCCUUUCAAUUGGCCCAUUUUUUUUCCCAAGAGUUCUCUUUUGUAAUGUUUAAGAGUUGCUUUUUAAUGAAAACAAUCUAAGAAAUCUGCUGAGUGCGAGUUGUAUUGAAAGCUUCGGACCUCCUCAGUAGAAAUCAAGCCUAUAACAAUACUAUCUGUGUGAUCUGUGGGUUGUGCUAGAGCAAUUCUGGUUUUUGUAUUGUUAUUUAACAUACUUAACACACUGCCACAUUGUAAUGAAUCAGAGAAAAAUUAAUUUUUCUAUACAGUAAUAAACCUGCACUACAAAAAGUAUUGAGAAAACGUGGAAAUAUGUAAAAGUAUGUAUCCACAAUGAAGUCUAUGCUUUUAGUUAAGAAAUAAACACAUUUCAGUGAACUUUCAUGUGCUUAGAAAAAAAACCAGUGUGGCAUAGUUUGGUUCUUUAAUUCAAUUGAAGUUAUAAAUGAACAGAAAAAUCCAUGGGUGGAAUCGAGAUUGUUUCUACUGUGUUUCUACAAUAGAUUUUGAUUUUGUGACUUAAUUCUGAUAUGGAAUCUUAGCUAUCCUAUACACAUUCUUGAAGAAAUGUAUUUUUUAAAUUUGACAGUUAGAUGUAGUCAGAUGACUGUUGAGAAAGAUCUUCAGGGGGCUCUGCUUUGCCACCUACAGAUAUAAUAUGUCACCUCCCUGUCUGGAUCUCACUUUGUAUUUGUGUGUGGGUAAGCUCUGAGGUCACUCUUCAGGAGUGAGCCCUUAUGCCACACAAUUCACAAAGCAGAGAAAACAGCAGAAACAAUCCUAGGCAAAAUACCCACCUCUGGCUUCUUCAUAAGCGUUUGGUCCGGGAGAAGUCCUUUCUGUUUUAGUUUCUAAUGUAGAUAGGGUCCAUUAGUAAAAGUGAAACUCAGUUUUAAGUAGGGUGAAUUGGAUAACCAUUUACAUGUGAGAUGGCUUUUACCUUUGCUUAAGUAAAAGUUUGGGAUCACCUCUGCGGAAGGGAAACCGGUAGUGCAUUUUCAAUCAGGAAGAGAGGCAAGAUGGUGUGUAACGUUUGGAGAUGUGUCUGAGGAUGAAUGUAAAUGUUCCCAUUUUAUUGAAAGCUAAGAACAAAAAAAAUGUAGGGUGCUACUAAGGAUCUUGGAUGCCAAGAGAUGUUUUUGAGCCAAUCUGUAAAGUGAUAAUCCAUAAAUUACAUUUAAAAUUGGAAAAGUAGGACACGAAUUUUAAAGUAAGCUGGUUUAUCUUUGGAAUGAUACUGGGAAAUUGGCUUUAAAUGUAACCAUUCAGAUCAAAAUUUAUUUAUGGAAUCUGAUUACACAACUCAUGUUACUGCCUUCCACUAGCCGGUCUUAAAAUGCCUUUGUCAGAAUAAAAUUAACGACACCUCUUUUAUAACAGGUGUGUGUUUUGGAGUGAUCCAUACUAAGGUGGAUAUUUAUGAUCCUAAAACGUUUAUUAAGCAUCGUAAAUGCACAACUGCCAUCUCCAAAUAUUUUCUUAUAAUACUGUUUUUAGAAAAAGAAAAUUGUUUAAACAGAAAAACAUGGUAUUUUCAUUUACUCAAUUUCUAGGGUAUUAAGACUUCACUAAAUAAAAUUUUCCAAUCAAAAUUCCUAUAGUCUUAUUUUCCAGUAGUCUAGGGAUUGGUGUGUGAUUAUUGUGUCCACCUGCCACUGUUUUUUAAGUCACUAGACUUGAGAAGUAUUCAGACAUUUAGAUGGCUUCACAGAUAUAUUGCUAGUUCAGUCAUAGAUUGGAGUUUGCAUAUUGUAAUGUAAAUGUAUGUCAACACUAUUCUAAAUAGUUUAUGACUGAAGUUUAAUUAAAUAAAAGUUGUAAAAUGUGAUGUGUAUGUGUAUAUACUGUAUGUGUACUUUUUAAAAUAGGUAUAUGUCCUGACCCUUUUUAUACAGGUUUGAAUUUGAAAUUACAUUAUAUAAACAUAUACUUUAUUGUUCUAAAUAAAGAAUUUUAUGCACCA